AUGAAUGAGGACAUCAACCACCUGUUUAGCUAUGGUCAAAUAGCGGAGAAAGUUUGGAAAUUUUUUGAACAUACUUUGGGACUGCUCUGGCCUAAUUCUGAUAGCAUUCGUACUAAGCUUAUGAGAUGGUGGCGUAUUAAAUCCACCAACAAAGUGCUUGAAUUGACCACUCAAUGCCUUCCUUCUGUGAUUUGCUGGGAAUUAUGGAAACAUAGAUGCACUUAUAAAUAUGAAGGCACCAAAAUUUACUCUGGCAACAUUAUUCAUCAAGCUACAUACCACAUCCAUUUGAUCCUCACUUCCCAGUUCCCUUCCCUAAAGCUUCCCACAAAAUUUCGAAGCAUUUGUCGGAUGAUGGAGAAUAUCAAGCCGAAGAUAGAUAUCACCCCCGUCUUGUGGAGUAAGCCUAAUUACGGAGAAUACAAGCUUAAUGUUGACGGUUGCUCUAAGGGCAAUCCAGGAAGUGCCGGCGGUGGAGGUAUUUUGAGGAAUCAUAUGGGUCAUAUGAUCAUGGCUUUCACAGCAUAUUUUGGUCACUCUUCUAACAACUUGGCCGAGGCACGGGCUAUCAAGAUUGGAUUGAAAUGGUGUAUUGAUCACGGUUUCAAUGUUCUUACUAUAGAAUCUGAUUCCUUGACUGUGAUUAACAUGAUCAACCAAGCUACUACUACAACAUGGAGCAUUAAGGAGGAGAUUAACGACAUCCAUAAUAUGACUUCAAAGGGAAAUUUUCAGUUCAUUCAUAUUUUCAGGGAAGGGAAUAACACUGCUGAUCUCUUGGCCAACUAUGCGGAGCUUGACAGGAAAAAUGACUUCUUCACAGAAACUUUUCACUUACCAAGGAAGAUUGUAGCCACUAUGAAGAAUGAUGAAGAAGCUCGUCCCAACUUUAGAAUCAGAUUAAGGAAAAACACUUUUAUCUUCGACCCUGGUUGA